CCACCAGACCUGGGGCUCAAUUCUUCUGCAUAUCGCAGUCCCCCAAAAUCUUCAGAUCUGGAAGGCGGAAUCGAAGAUGGCAGGCAGGAGAGGGUUGUUGAUGAUCUUUCAUCCUGAUGGGCUGAGCUUUGAUUGAAUGGUCACCACUGCGCCUACUUUUCUCCCGUCGUAGCUUCUCGCCACCCUCUGCGUCACCCCUCAUGGUUAGUUCUGCAAGCACUGGCACUGCCCUCGUUCUAUCAAUCUCGUGGCUUUCUACUGUAUCCCUCGCCCGGGGCUGUGUCCUGCGCUCUCGCUCUGGCUCUGAGCGUCAAUUAGGCGAAGAAGAUUCGAAUGCUGAGGUGCAGGAUUGCGGUCGGUGACGCGAGGGAUGGCAGGCGAGCUCGUCUAAUUUGAGGGAUUGUGAAGAAGCGCGUGACAUAGUGGAGAAUUGGAGAGCUAGUUGUGUAGGCGUUGGUGGUGGGGGGUUGGGUUGGGCUGGGUAGUUAGGGUUGCGGGGUGCGCGAAAUGGCGAUGGCGGUGCAAGGUGCAGUGGUGGGGGUGGAGAAGGGGUUCGGUGGGAUGGAGUUCAUGGGUUGCGGGAUAGAGAAGAGGGCGGGGGUGGCAUUGCCGGUGGUGCUGCCGAGAAAGGAUGGCGUGGGGUACAAUUCAGUGGUGCGAGGCAGCUUGGUGGCGACGGAGUGGAGGGGAUUCAUCGCCGGGGCGCCUCGCGUGCGGGAGAGGGCGGCGACGCUGCGAGUGCGGGCGGGCAACGCCGACAGCGACGGGGUGAAGUGGUGGGAGAAGGACGGUGGCCCCAACUUUCGGGAUGUGCACUCGACGCAGGAGUUCGUGGAUGCGCUGGCGAAUGCCGGGGAGAAGCUGGUGGUGGUGGAGUUUUACGCGUCGUGGUGCGGGUCGUGUCGCGCGCUGUACCCGAAGCUGUGCAAGCUGGCAGCGGAGCACCUGGACGUGGAAUUCAUGAAGGUGAAUUUCGAGGAGAACAAGCCGAUGUGCAAGAGCCUGAACAUCAAGGUGCUGCCGUAUUUCCAUUUCUACCGCGGUGCGGAGGGUCGGUUGGACGCGUUCUCGUGCUCGCUGGCGAAGCUGCAGAAGCUGAGGGACGCGAUUGCACUGCACAACACUGAUAGGUGUAGCAUUGGCCCGCCAAUUGGGGUGGGCAACAUUUUUUCGAGCGGCAACAAGGAUCAAGCCGCCGCGGCGUCGACAUCGUCGUCAUAGUACAGUGGGCAUGAAUGGUAGAUAGAGUAGGUGUGGUAGUCUGCGAGGGGAUUUUACAGGCAUUCAAAAUUUUCCAGAGGUCCCCGAGGAUGCGGGAUGCUUUGAUUAGGGCUUGUAGGUUGUAAUCUACGUGUACGCAUAAGAGUGACUUAAUGUAAACAUAGUAACAGAUUCAGUGGGCGACUGUUGUUAUAAGUUCUCUUCGGUUUUUUUUU